AUGAGUUACUGUUGUGCCUUUAGUGAUUGCCGUUGUAGGAUUCUAAAAAUAGAUAGUGCACCAAUUGUGAAAGUGCCAUCAAUGGUAUUAGAUAAAUUCCACUUGAUGCAAAAGAGUAAAGAUCAAGACUUAGAAGAGUAUACCGAUUUUAUUUUAAUCAAUGAUGUUUGGGAUUUUGACAACAUAGGUGUAUCCAAAGAGAUACUAGCAAACUCGGAGAUAUUGGAUCGCGUAGAAUUCGAACACGAUAAUAGAAAAUGGCAGAUCGAGAAACAUCUAAAAUAUUUAGUAUGUGCAAACUGUGAUAAAGGCCCAAUUGGAGUAGUUUGUUCAACUAAAAGUGACAACCAAACGAAGAUAAUAUAUUUAUUAAGUAUACCAAGUGUUUCUCAAAUAUAA